UGCAAUUGCGUGUGCGUUAAGGAUUAAGGAGGAAACAGGAGUUGGUGGGGAGAUAUUCUCCAACCAGCGAUCCUUGGAAAGAUUAUCAUUUAUCGUUCGGCGUUCAUCCGCAAAAGAUUUUGAGUUACUGAACUAAAAAAUGAAUUGCACUUGUAUGAUGCUAUUUCUCAUAGUAUGCGCAUCAUGGGUCUUUGGAGAAACCUUAUCCUGCGAACAAUGUGGCAAAGAAUGCGCCGAGAAAUGCGGAACACGACAAUUUCGUGCCUGUUGCUUCAAUAACAUGAAGAAAAGACAAUUUGAAGAGAAAGACAAUUUAAAAUGGAGAAUGAGACCACAGCUAUAUACAAACUGGUUGUACCCGAAUUUCAAUAUGAAUUAAUUAUUUACUAUAUUAUUUUAUUCUUCUAUAUCAGUAUGCUUCAUUGAAACUAAAAAUAUUACUCAGGGAUAAUUGUAUAAUUAUAAUUAUAAUUAUCUUAAUUUUGCAAUGUCGUUCUAAGUAAAAAUAUUUGAUGUA